AUGCCUUACCUAGACAUGGCUUUCGUACAUCCCGAUCGCGCGAAAAAUGUUGGAGACGCAAGGGCGCAGGCUGGACGCGCGACUCCAGGCAGAGGACGUGCUGGAGACGUAGCACCUGCGCAAGGAAGGAACUGGAAGAGGGAGAGGGAGAGCUAUCAAGACGAGCACUUUCCUGUGGGAGGAGGCGAGUUUCAGGCACCCGAUGGAUAUGUUAAGCAUUCAGGAAAUCCACCCGAUAACAGAGGGCCAGAGCAUGCCCAAGGCCCAAGAAAGAAGGCGAAAUCCGAGCAUACCCCCGCGCCGCGUCCGAACGCUUUCGACGCCGAUCACAACAAACGACCGAAAGUGGAAGUGUCAGUACCUCCGAAACGAAGUGACCCUCGAAAGAGAGGUUCGGGGCGACGCAAUGAUCAACUAGAUAAGGCACUUCAACUCGCCCCGAAAUAUCCCGACCUCCAAGAUAUCGACGCAUGGCGAAAACUAGCUCAGACGAACGAGCGGAGUUGGCAAGCAGAGGAUGCUUUUGUAUAUCGGCAUCUGCGUUUCGAUCAGUGUCCUAAAGGGCUGGCGUUCAAAGAGUGGAAGAUCAGAGUACAUCGGGAGAUGGAGGGGUUGGGCUUGGAACAUCCAUUUACAGGGCCGCAGACCAAGCAUGCACCUGAGGAUGAGGUCGACAAGAAGAGUGGCUCUGGGGUGACAGAAGCAACGGUCGCGACAGCGCAGAAAGAAGAAGAGAGCAAAAGACGCGUGGAAAUGGAGAGGAUGGUUGCGGAUGACGGGUUUGACAUUGACAUCUACGGUGACGAAGAGACGCGGAGGAAGUAUGAGCCGUGGAUCAGGAGCCGGAUGGAUUGA